ACCAAGAUGGCGUCCGUCCGUCCGAGGCCCGCUGCGGCCGUUUGAAUUCCUAGGCAGCCGCCAAAGUGGGGACAAUAAGAGCCAGAGCCAGAGCCAGCGGCGGCGGAGGAGCCGCAGCUCCCUUCUCUCUCUCCGUCCGUCCUUCCGUCCCUCUGCCUGCCGCCAUGGACUCCCUUCCGGGGGAAGACCCCACUCUGCCCCUGGGCCUCAACGGCAGUGUCAACUUUUCCCAGCUUCCGGAUGUCUCGGGAGACGAGAUCCGCGUUCGCCUGGGAGGCGGCGGAGUGUUACCAGACGUGGCGGAAGACGCCGUGUCGCCCACCAGAGCACGGACAAUGAAGGACUUUGAAAACCAAAUCAUCGAGCUGCGAAAAGAGAACUUCAACCUUAAGCUGCGCAUAUAUUUCCUGGAAGAACGUAUACAGCAGAAAUUUGACGGUUCCAACGAAGACAUCUAUCGGAUUAAUAUUGAAUUGAAAGUUGAACUGGAAAGCCUGAAACAAGAACUGCAGGAGCGGGAACAGCUGCUCAUCAAGGCAUCCAAGGCUCUGGAAAGCUUGGCUCAAGGUGGUGAUGCUGAGAUCCAGCGUCUGAAGGAGGAAGCUCAGAAGAAGGUCCAGGAAGUGGAAGAGAACUUGACUAGCAGGAUCAAUCGUUUGGAAGAGGAUCUCAAAAUGGCGCAUGAUGAAGCAGAGAAGGCCUUUGCGAUGACAGAACGGGAAAGAGUUUUGAGACUGACUGCUGAGCAGCAACUGUCUUUGAUUACAAAUAUGCAGCCGAGGGAUCUGGAUGUGAUGGUAGCCCUCGAAGAGAAGGACAGACAUAGAGAGCAACAGCGCCUGUCACUGAAAAAUCAAGAAGCUCUGAUCCGAAGCUUGGAAGAGGCCAAGUCUCAGAGGCAAUCUGUGGAGGAGAGUUUGCUGGCAGAAAAAAUCCAAGAGCGUACAAUGGCUUUGAUGCGGGAGAAAGAGCAGGAACUAGAGGGUCUCAGAACAGAAUUCAGCAACGAGAAAGGUGACUUAGAAAAAAGGAUUCAGUCACUCCAGGAGGAACUUCGUGAACGAGAGACAGAGCUUUCUGUGGAAAAGAGAAAUGCUCUGAAACGAGACAAAACUAUCCAGGGAUUAACCCUUGCUCUAAAAACCAGGGAAAAUGAGAAUGAAGAACUUAGUUCUGAAAUUGAAGGUUUAACUGCAUCGUUGGCGAAGGCCAGAGAAGCCACCCAUAAAGUUCAGAUGCAGAAAUUCAAGGGUGCUGAAGAUUCUCAGGUUCUCUUGCUGGAGAAAGAAAGCCGCCUGGCAGACUUGAGAUCGGAAAACCUGACCAAAGACACCGAGAACCGUAAACUCCAAAGGCGAGUUAAGAGGGCCGAACAAGAGCUGAGCGAUUUGCGUCUUGAGAAGGAGAUGCUGGUGAAGGAGUUGGAGGAAACCCAGCUGCAGAAGAGCAGAAGUGACAAAAGCAUUAAUGACCUUAGAAACCAGCUGGAGAAAACUCAGGACGAAAUGAUUGAAAAAGAGAAGGCAAUGGAGCAUCAUUACAGUGUCCUCUUGAGCGAAUGCAAUCAGAAAUUGCAGAACCAGGAAUUGGUCAUCGCACGCCUCACAGCCAGCAUUGCUCAGAAGGAUGAGAUGCUCCAGAAGGUUGAUGGAGUGGUUAAAGAAAAGGAUGCGGGGCUUCAGGAAUGGUUUGUGAAGUUCCAGAGCCUUGCGAAAAAUCAAGAGAUGCUUCAGAAGCAGAAUGAAGAGUUGGUCAUGCAAAAGUCUGCUGCCUUAGCUCAGCAGCCCAUCCUCACAAUGUACGAAGAGUUAGAGAAAACAAAGGCAGCUGAAUACGUCGAUAUGCUUGAAGCCCUCCGGAAAGAGCGUGACAUUUUUUCAACUCUGAUCAAGUCCCUGAAGGAGGCUGAUGGCAUAAAUGACCUGCAAGAGGAGAUGAGCAACAUCCUCCUGUUACGAAAACAACUGGAAGAGGAUAUUUUAGCUACCUGGAAUUUACGGAAAGCGCUGGAGGAUCAAAUCAAGGCAAACAGGAGGGAAGAGGAGACCAUAUCAUGUUGGAGCGACCAGACAUCUUACAUGAGCAUUUGCUUAAGAACAGGGGACCAUUUGGACUUGCAGAUAGACAACCUCUCUAUGGAAGAGCUGAAGAAAAAGAUUGCUGAACUCCUCUCGACAAUAAAGGAGCUGCAUUUGGAAAACCAAGAGCUCCGAAAGAGGCAGUUUGACUUCUCUGUGUCAGACUCUCUGGCAAAGGAGAGUCAGAAGAUGUUAGACAACAGUGAGUUUCUGGAAAGCCCCGAAGCCAGCCGGACUCUGACCGAAGGUUUCGAUGAUGAGACAAGCAUGCCAAGUUCCCAGGGCCCUGAGACGGUCAGCGAGGUAAUUCCUUCUGAUUACUCAGAUAGACAGUGUAGGAAUCUAAAUAAGCCUGGGCUCAAAGAUGAGCCGGCUGUCGGUGCCGGCUUCCCUGGGAGCGCGGUGGGCGAAGAAAAUGAAGCUCAAGAGAGGCGUUUGCUUGUGUCUCUUUUCAGUGAAAAUGGAAGGGCGGUCCUUGCGUCGAGCAGGCAAGAAGAAAUGAAAAUUGCAAAUGAGCCGUUAGAUGCUCCGAACACAACCGCGUGGGACGGUUCAAGCGACGACCUGGAGAACAGAGAUGAGAAAGAUCUUAAGCGGUUGAUUAUUCAGCUGAGAGCUGAACUCAAAGCGCUUGCCCAAGUAAAUAAAUGCCAAAAGCGGCAACUUGAAUCGCAGUCCACUGUGGCUGAAAGUGAAGGGCUUGAUCGAGAACCGGCACUGCCGCAGAUUAAUACGGAUAUUGAAUUGUCAAAAGUGGAAGUGAAAGAUACAGCUACACAGACGGCGGCGGCAGAAGGGAGUGUCGGCAGGCUCAAACAUGAAGGCAAAAUUGCAACCUGGGAAGACAAAGCGAAGUCUUCAAGAUUAAACGACGAACGCCGGCAGAAGAGAGUCUCCGCCAAGAGCAAACAACAGGAGACCCCCCUGCGGAUGAGUAAAACGAACAAAAGCGAUCUUUGCCAGCCGUUCAAGAAGUCUCGCUUGCCCGUUCGAAUGAAGCCCUCGAGGUCCUUGGGAAGCAUUUCCUCAGGCUUCUCCCCUCAGAAGCCCGAUCUGCAUCUUCAGCAUCGCAUGUUCAACCUGGACGAGGAUCUGAAAGGAAGAUGCCCGCAACCGAAUGAAUUGCACCUGAGUGAAGCUGAAUGCAGACCGGGAGAUCAGGAUCAGAUGUUGGUUGGAGCUGAAUCGUUGAUCAAACUGGAUGGCUCCGAUGUGGAUAUUAGCUUUGCCAGUGUGGAAAGCAAAGGCAAAACAUCUGAGAAGGAUCAAAGAACCAGCCAAGAUGAGUCUUUGCUCAAACUGAAUGCCUCUGACAUAGACGUGAGCUUGGUCAGUGCUGGAAGCCAAGAGGGAAUGUCGAGCAAGUAUCAGAGCACUAGCCAAGAAACUGAAUCGAAUAAACUGGAGCCAGAUGUGCCGACUUCGAAAGAACUUGACCAAGACUUCAGUCUCCCAAGUAAGCAGGAUGUAAAUCUGGCUACCGUGGCCAGCACGAUCUCUCUGAAACUGAGUUGCACAAGCCUGGAGGAAUUCGACUGUGAUACUGUCGAUGAUGUCAAGGAACUGAGGCAAAGGGUUAAGGAUCUGAUGUCCGAACUUGUAAAAUACCAUACGCUGAUGACCUGCAUUUCUGAGCCUGCCAAACAACCGCUUCCUAGUGUUCCUUUGAGUGUCGUCCAGAAUCAUGAGGAGCUGCCUGCGGAUGAUCACUUUCCUCCAACAUUGGAGGGCAAUAAGCAUGAGUCCCAGACCUUCUCUGAGGCGCCCCAGAAAGUGGAGCAUGGCAUCCAGGUUGAAGAUCUCGCUUCCCGCCUCUUGGAGGAACAGAAUGAAGCGAUGGUCGAGAAGCUCAAGGAACUGCUCUCGGAGAAUGAGGUGGAGCUUGAGAGAGAGCAGAUCGCCAACAUGCACCUCCUGGACAAAGUAUACCGUUUGCAAAGGAAACUGAAAGGAGUUGCGUCAGAGGGGCCCGACUCCCCGAUCUCCUCCCCUGCCCCCGAGGACUCCUGUCAGCGCCAGAAAAUACGAGAGAGCCACCGCAUCUGCGCAACCUACCGCCAACACUUGACCAACCUCAUCCGAGCAUUUGAGGAACUCCUGCAGGCUAGCGAAGUGGAUUAUUACGUUGCCGAGGGCUUCCGGGAACAGCUCAACCAAAGCGCCCGGCUGUUUGAGAGGCUGGAACAUCAGUGUCUGUACGGAGAGUCAAUAGAGGAUGAAAUUGCUCAACUUGGUGGCCUUGCAGAAAGAUUGUCUGACUUGGAGAUGCCACAAAAGCCAUCUUGUCUAGAAUCAUCUAGCCCUAUAGAGGAAGCACCGGUGGCUAAGGUUGAGGGAGAAAACAUGGCUGUUGUUGCCAGCAAAUUUCACCCAGAGCUGUUAAUGGAGCAUCUCCAGGAAAUCCGAAUGCUGAGGCACCAGCUUGAGGAAUCCAUCAAAACCAAUGAACGUUUGAGGAAACAGCUGGAGCAACAGGUGUCAGAUACUGUGCAAGGACAAGGUUCUGCAAACGUUUGUAUCUGUAGCUCAGAGCAACAUAAUUCCCUGACUUCUGAAAUUCAUUUCCUGAGAGAACAAAAUCAGGUUCUGAAUGUAAUGCUGGCGAAAGGAUCUCGAGACAAACAAAAGGAAAACGAAAAGUUGCGCGAAUCUCUUUCGAAGAAACACCUGGCUGUGGAGCAGCUUCACGCGGAGUGCGAGCGCCUCAAGAAGGAGAACGAGAAGCUCCAAAAAGAAGCCAGGAAGCGGGAGGAAGAAAAUGGUUGUCUGACAAAUGAAGUUUACAGCAUUCGAAAUGAAUUGAAUAGGUUGCAAAUGGAGCUGAACACCAAGCAGCGCGAGCUCUUGGAGAAUGACGACUUGCUGCAUUCAUUACGGCUGGAGCUCAGGGUCUAUGAGAAGCUGGACAAUGUGAUCAGAAGUCAAAAAGAUAGCAGCCGCGACAGAGCCGACGAAUGCCGGAAAGACCAAAACCACCCGCUUGACUUGCACGAUCUCUUGACCGAAAUACAGAAUUUGAGAGCACAGCUUGAAAUAAGCAUCAAGGCAAACAAGAUAUUGCAUGACAAACUGGAAGAGCAGUUUUCAAGCGGGAAGAGGGCGAUCGGCAGUUUGGGGUCAACCGUGAAUAUCAGCUACCUUUUCAAGCAGGAAUCACAGCAUUACGCCGGAAUAAACGAAUUGAAGUUUCCCACGGCAGACAGCAAUGUCCUUGAAUUGCAGCAGAGGUAUGGAGGCUCCAAAGCGACCUUCAAAGCAGACGCAGAGCUUACUCUGGGUGGUUUGGAUGGCUCCGCUCAUUGCAGCCUGUCGGCUGGCAAGUCCCGCGACCCUUCCUCCUUUCCCCGUCACUGCUUCUGGGCGGACAAAAACGGCCGCCACGUCCUCGGCUUGGUUGAAGAUUACAACUCAUUACGGAAGCUGGUCUCGGAAGGGCGGAAGCUAUUGUCGGAACUGGAACUCCCUCUGAAAGAAGCCUCGCUCCAGGAGCCGGAAAUGACGGCAUCCCUGGGCAGGAUUCCCACCGCCUUCUGCACAAUCCGGCAUAAUUUGGAUGAAGCUGCCUGCCUCUUGAAGCUCCUCUGGAGAGUCUCCUUGCCAAUGAAGGUUGUCCACAAUGCCGCUUAUUCACUUCAGGAUGAAGCCAUGCGAGCUGAGUUACACAGACUCCGUCGGAAACUGGCCGAGCAGGAAAAGAAGCUGCACAGCACCGUCAAACGCUUGCACUCCACCAACCAACUGAAAGAAAACAUGGAGAGAAUUAUCAUCGAUCAGCUGGCUUUAACUCACGAUGUUUUAAAGAAGGCACGCGGCAACUUGGAACUCCAGCCAGCUGAAAACACACCAUCGGCCUUCAGCCUCAGCAAGACGAGAGUCCUGUGAAGGCCACAUCUCCCCUCACAAUAAAGGCCUUUUUCUUUCCUGCUGA